ACGUCACAUGACACAUGACCAUACAGCAAGAAAUUGAAGAAAACAGAGAAAGAAGAGGUGAGAAGAGUUUUUAAACGUUACAGAAACUAAGGCAUUGGAAAUGAGUGAGAGCGAGCGUAAGCCGUUGCUUGGUCCUGAUACUGGUAAUAAUGAUGCCAUUCCCCAACCUUCUGCCCCUGAACUUAUCGGGGAACAACCCCCUCCUUAUGUAGAGGAACCCUCAGUUCAACCGCAGAUCUAUAAUCCUGCUCCAUCCUAUGAUAAUAGUGCCCCACAGCCGGGAGGUGCUCCUGAUUUCAAUGCUCCUCCUCCUGCUUAUAAUUACCCAAUGACGCCAAACACAUUCGUCCAGUGUCGUGUAUGCCAACAUGUGAUUAACGUACCUCAGAAUACAGCAACUAGAGUAGUCAAAUGUACCAACUGCAACGAAGCUACACCAGUCACAUCUCCUCCACCUGGAAAGAAGUAUGUUCGAUGUCCUUGCAAUUGUCUACUGACUUGCUCUGUGACAGCAACGAGAGUAAUUUGUCCUAGAGCAAACUGUAAGAGAACUAUAAUGGUCGGUGGUAACAUGAGACAGCCAUCGCCCAUAGGAAUGGACAGGAUCAGAGUAAACUGUGGUCACUGUAGAAGGACAAUACUGUGGCCUGGAAAUGCUGCUGUUGCAAGAUGCCCUCACUGCUCUAGAAGGUCUUAUGUCAAUCACUCGUGGAUGCAGUCUCGUGCCAUUUUCUGCUUCUUGCUGGGGGCACUAAUGCUGAUUGCUGGCCUCAUUGUCACUGGAGUUACUGCUGCUGUGGCUGCUUCUGUUGGAGGUGUUUAUGUCAUAUCAGUGGGAUUGUUUGUUUCUGCUUUUGUGCUUAUAGUCCGUGGCAUCUUUUACUGUGUCAUGACUCGAAGUGUGCUCGAGACAUGAAGAAGGACCCACACCUCUUUCCUGUUGUUGAUGUCCCUUUACUUCUCCCUACCUGCUACUCUUUGCAUUUGACUGUCCUUGCAUAACAUUAAACCUAACAUUGUGUGUGUGUGUCAGUAAUGAUAUAUAUUAUUAUAAUUAUAUUAUUAUUAUUAUAUCAUUUUGUAUAAUUAUUUAAUAAUUAUUUUGAUCG